AUGCCCACGCUACAGGUGAUCCAUUACUUGCAUGGUGGCUACAGUCUGCCACAGGUGUUCAGUGUCGAAGAUGCAGCAGAGCUGCGAGAGAAACAUGGGAUCUACGGUAUUCUAUCGGGGACACUGCCGCUUAACGCCCAGCAGAACAGUUUCUUGUACUUGCCGUUGACAUUGUCGCUUGAAGAGGCUUUUUUCCUCGUGAAGAACGGACAUGCGAACCUCAGCGUCGUCGAAUCUGCAACGAAUGCUGCUGUCAUUGCCCUCAAGAACCAGGACCUACAAUCGCCGGUCGAAGGUAAUUACGUGCUGACGCCAGAUCAGUUUGGAGUGCGUCCUGAGACCCCCAAGGAUACUGCUCUGCGAUGGCUCUUGCACAAUGCCGGCCAGGUUCAAUUGUCGUACCCUCUGUAUGAGAAACUGCGGAGUGUUGGGAUCACUGUGCUUCCAGGAGCACGGUUCGGUUGCAAAUAUGUCGGCUACCCCGGCGACCCGCUUAGAUACCAUUCGCAGCACCUUGUGACAGAACCCCUACGCUACACUGACGACACAGUCAAUCUGUUGCAGCUUGUGAACUUAACCAGACUCGGCACCAUCGUCAAGAAGUCGGUCAUAGUGUCCGGCGUCUUGGAGGCCCCAACGAAGCUCGAGCAGCCCCACAAGCAAAAACAAAAACAGAAAUUCGACACAGUGAAGGUAUUCACCAUCGAAUGGUGUGGUUUUGGCUGA